UCUGCAGACGGCGGUUCUGUGAGAUUCCUGAAUACAGCAGCAGCUCCUGAGGAAGAUUUCAUCUCAACUCUGAAAAUGAGCAAAGAAGGAAUGAAGGAACCACUGAAGCUGGUGUUACUGGGCUCCAAGAGUAUGGGCAAGAGCGCAACUGCUAACACCAUCCUGGGCCGUGAUGUCUUUCCUUCUGGGAUUGUCAACUCUGACACGACGCGGCAUGUGUUCAGCCAGACCAAAGAGGUGGACGGGAGAGAGGUGAUGGUGGUGGACACUCCGGCCAUGUACAACAGUGGUCUCAGAGAUCCUGUGCUGAAAGAAGAGCUGAAGAUUGCCCUGACACGCUGUCAUCCAGGACCCCAUGUCUUUCUCUUCGUCAUCGCUCUGGGAUCUUUCUCAAAGAAGCAUGGUGGGAUACUGAAAAAAGUGAAUAAGACGUUGUGUUCAGAUGUUAAAGAGUUCUCCAUGGUGCUCUUCACUAAUGGUGACAAGCUGAACCCAGAAGAUACGGUAGUUGAUAUUAUUGAACAGAAUGUGUACUUGAAGGAACUGAUUGAGAGUUGUGGGGGGCGUUACAAGGUGUUCAACAAUAAAGACAAGGAAAAUAAUCAGGUCAAAGAGCUUCUAGCUCAGAUUGAUGAGGAGAUGAAGAAGAGAAGCCCUGAGAAUAAGCAUUACACAAGUCCUAUCACCAAGGAAAAGAUCACCUGGGUAACUAAAUACUGUACUCUUCAUACCCUGGCGCUCGUGGGGGGUUCAGCCGUUAUGAUGCUAAGCAAGAGUUCUGCUCUUGCAAAUGUGGUGGAGCAGCUCGGCCUCGGUGAUGCGGUCAUGGCGUUCGAUUUCGAAUACGUCAUGCAAACCGUAGAGUCGGUUGUGGGCCUGUUCUGAAGAGGUUUUAGAGAGAGGGCGAUCACUGUGGGGAAUUGUACGGGUAUUUGAGCACAGUGAAUGUAACCAGGUCUAUUUGUGGGUACUGGGUAGGUCUCAGGGUAGUGGUUGAGUCUUGGAAUAGUUGAGAUGACAUCGUUAGGUACUUCUUCCCCUACACUCCUUUUACAGUAUAUAUAUGCUUCCAUUUCCUUAUAUCAUUAAGCAAUGCGACAUCAGUUAUCAUCGACAUGCAGAUGAUACGCUCAGCUUAGAUUUUUUAGGGCCUUUAGAGAACUUUUGUUGUAGUAAAACCAAAUAACAUUUGGUAAAGUCCAAUAAACACCCUUCAGACUGGGUGAUACGGGGCAUAAUUUACCCUGAUAAAUCACUUUUUACACCGUUAUGCAGCUCAAAGUAGCUCCACACCUCCUUACUAGAAUCCAGAGAGUCCUGACAUUUAAAACGAGGCAUUAAUAACUUAAAAAGUGCAGAAGAAGAUUAUUAUUAUGUGCGCCGCUAUAUUUGUAGUGAUCAUGUCAUAGACAUAUAUACAUAUAUA